GGCGCAGGCGUCGAGGCGCGUUUCCAAGGGGAAAGGAGAGCGGCGGUGCCUGUGUGCAGGGAGAAGGAGGCGGCUGCUCCGGAGCGGCUCCGCUCCGGUCUGCCGUGGUCCGGCGGCAGCAUGAGCUUGUCCUUGAGGAGUGAGCUUUCAGUAGACAAAACCAAAAAGAAGAGGAGAAGAGAACUGACUGAGGAACAGAAACAAGAAAUUAAAGAUGCCUUUGAGUUGUUUGAUACAGAUAAAGAUAGAGCAAUAAAUUACCAUGAGUUAAAGGUGGCAAUGAGAGCCUUGGGUUUUGAUGUGAAAAAAGCUGAUAUACUGAAAAUACUUAAAGAUUAUGAUCGAGAAGCAACAGGAAAGAUCACCUUUGAAGAUUUUAAUGAAGUUGUGACAGACUGGAUACUGGACAGAGACCCACAGGAGGAAAUACUCAAGGCAUUCAAACUGUUUGAUGAUGAUGACUCUGGUAAAAUAAGUCUGAGAAACCUGCGCCGGGUUGCUAGAGAACUGGGUGAAAAUAUGUCUGAUGAAGAGCUACGGGCCAUGAUUGAAGAGUUUGAUAAGGAUGGAGAUGGAGAAAUCAAUCAAGAAGAGUUCAUUGCUAUUAUGACUGGAGAUAUUUAGCAUCAGAAGAAGUGAACUCAGCACAAAGGGGAGGAAUCACUGGCAGCUUCCAUUACAAUGUUUUAUAUUUUCAUUUAUUUCUGUAGCUGCAGUAAUGCAGAAAAUUAAUGCCCUCACAGGACCAAACUAAAGGCAGGUUAUAUGCACUGAUAGUUCACUACUUUGUAUCAUUAAGUAUUUGCAGUAGAAUAAUUGAUAGAGCAUUUUAGAACAAAUAAGUAAUGCUGCAUUUCAGAAUGUUUGAGUACUCAUUUGUAAAAUAGCCUUGUAUAGGAUUUUUAAAUUGUAUCAUAUUAUAAAACCCUUUUGAGGUUGACUUUGUGUUAGCAUUAGCUGUGGCCUUAGUUUUGAUACAUAACGUUUGACAAACUUCCAUUUAAAUAAAAUAUUCUUUACUCUUGGUA